UGUUUCAAAAUGGCGUCGAGUGACGAGGAAGUCGACCAUGCUGGUGAAAUAGUCGAAAACACUGACCAAACAGACAAUGACAAUGUGACAUUUAAGUCUUUGGGAGUUGUAGACGUGUUGUGUGAAGCUUGUGAAGGGUUGAAAUGGAAAUCUCCCUCAAAAAUUCAGCGAGAAGCCAUUCCUGUAGCUUUGACAGGAAAAGAUGUGAUUGGAUUGGCCGAAACGGGAUCUGGAAAAACAGGCGCAUUUGCGAUUCCCAUUCUACAGAAACUUUUAGAGAGUCCUCAACGUCUGUUUGGUCUUAUAUUAACCCCAACUAGAGAAUUGGCCUUCCAGAUUUCUGAACAGUUUGAAGCCCUUGGCUCAAAGAUCGGUGUCAAAUGCUGCGUAAUAGUUGGUGGAAUAGACAUGAUGAACCAGGCUUUGAUGCUUGCUAAAAAGCCUCACAUAAUUGUCUCCACGCCUGGGAGACUUGUGGACCAUUUGGAGAAUACCAAAGGAUUCAAUCUACGAUCCUUGAAAUUCCUUGUUAUGGAUGAGGCCGACCGUAUACUAAACAUGGAUUUUGAGGCAGAAGUGGAUAAGAUUUUGAAGGUUAUUCCUCGUGAAAGAUCAACAUACCUGUUCUCGGCAACGAUGACUAAGAAAGUUGCCAAGCUACAGAGGGCGUCUUUGAAAGACCCUGUGAAGGUUGAGGUCAACUCCAAAUACCAGACCGUGGAGAAAUUACUGCAGUACUACAUCUUCAUCCCUGUCAAGUUUAAGGAUGUUUACCUUGUGUACAUUUUAAAUGAGCUGGCUGGAAAUUCCUUUAUGGUAUUCUGCGCCACGUGUGCAAACACACAGAGGGUAGCUUUGAUGCUGCGUAACCUUGGGUUAAUGGCCAUACCUCUGCAUGGUCAAAUGACUCAAGCUAAGCGUUUGGGUUCUCUCGCAAAAUUUAAAAGCAAGUCACGGUCUAUACUUAUUGCUACAGAUGUUGCUAGCAGGGGUCUAGAUAUACCACAUGUAGAUGUUGUUAUAAAUCUAGAUAUUCCAACCCAUUCUAAGGACUACAUUCACCGUGUUGGCAGAACAGCUAGAGCAGGACGAUCAGGAAAGUCUAUCACGAUGGUUACACAAUAUGAUGUGGAAUUGUAUCAGCGUAUCGAACAUUUGAUUGGCAAGCAGCUGCCACUGUACAACACAGAGGAACAGGAAGUGAUGCUGCUGAUGGAGAGAGUGUCAGAGGCUCAGAGGCAUGCCAAGAUGGAGAUAAAUGAGAACGGGGGAAAGAAGAGGAAAUUUGGGCGGCCUGAUGCGGAGGAUGACACGGAGGAGUCUAGUGGAGUUAGGAAAAAGAUGAGUCGGAAGAGGAAAUAUUGACCUAUUCAUUGUACUGUGUUUCAAUGGAGUUACAUUUACAUGUUGUGUCUGUGUUUCAAUGACUGUUAAUAUUUCUAAAUACAAAAAGAUCUUUGAUUAAAAAAAGUGUAACCUUUGAAGUGAAUACCUAUGUUAAUCUAGGUGUCUUAAAUGUAAAUUGCUAAAUUAGAAAUAAGAAUUGAACACAGCAGAUGCCUUCAAGUUAUUUUGUGUUUUAAGAAUUGUGAACACUGAUGUGAACAGAAACUUUUGAUCAGGAGUUACUAGCUAGAAUUUAAGAUUAGGUUAAGAAUGUUGAAGCAGUAUAUAUGUUUGAUUAUUUUCUGGUAUUGUUACAUAUAUUGUUAAUUCUUUCAUUUCUAAGGGUUAACUUUUUCAGAUUGUUUGCUGUUAAACUAAAAAUGAAUUCCUCCCAUUUUAAAAAAGAUGCAUGUUUACUACAUGGCGUAUAUUUUUAUAAGUCAUAUUUUUCAUUUCUCUUUUCAUAAACAUUUUUAACAUUUGUUUUCUUUAAACAAAACGACUCAAAUUUUAUUAUUGCCUCGAACUGCUUUAUCAAGAUUUAAAUAUCUUCAUUUUUUAAACAUAACAACUUGCCUGUAGUAACUGCCUCAAAAUGUUUUGUUAAGAAUAUUCAAGUGCAUUCAAAUUGCCAAACUGUGUGUGAAUUUCUUAACAUGUUCAGGUAGUGAAUAAAAUAAUUGUAAUCAGUC